CAACAAAUCUCGCGAUAAUCAAUUUAUUCGCGAUACUGAGGUAGCGUUAGAGAGUCAAGGAUCAACACGAAUCAGCUGUGACCAAGAUUGUCGAGUUUUCCCCUUCUCCGUUUCCAUUCCCAUCAAAAAGGUUAUGGUCUCCGUACCACGUUGAACAGUUGGUAAGUUCAAUUUUUUAAUAAACAAUCACGCAAUAAGAAUAAUUUCUAUAUAUCUUCAUUUUGGUAUACAUCAUCAGUUAUGUGCAAACUUACUAAACAUCGUAUAUCCGCUAUUAUUCGAGUACGAUUACCAAUUAUCGACGAGUGUCAAGAUCGACUUGCUUGAUGUCGUAUCGAAAUCGCAACCUUAAUGAGGGGAAUAGCCAGAGAGAGGGGGAAAGCUAGCUUGGCCUAGCUAGCUUGGCCAUCUUUUUAGUUUACAUCACGUGCAAUUGAUCAUGCCACUUGUGGAUACGGCCCUGGGUGCCGGCAAGUCAACCAGCGCGGAACGAAGCGGCGCUGCAUUUCAGGAACUGUCCUCGUUGACGGCGUCGUCGGUGUCUUAGUCGCGUGAAUUAGUCGCAUUCUAGCCAUUGUUCCCUUAAGGGAGAGGAAGAGAACGGUGUAAAACCAGUGUCUUAAAAGGCACGCAACAAAAUUUUCCGAGGCAUAACAACGUGUCACGGUGGUGUGUGCGCGCGUGUUUAUUUGAUUCUAUGAUUGCUGACAAUGACCGCGAUCGUGGAGGAUUAUUACGACGGUUCCCGGACUUUUCAGUGGCUCGCAGAUCUUAUCGGUGUGCCGAUCGAUCAGGUGAAUUUUUUAGUAACACAGUUCUCGGCAUUGAUAUUGGCUGGAAUUUUAAGGAACUUCCUUAGCCCUACCAAAGUAUCACCAACUACUAGACAUGUGUUUGGUCUUGUCAAUGGUCUGCUGCUUGGAUAUUUCUGCUUUGGCAGCCAGGCGAUACACCUUGCAGGCCUUCCCAUCUUAUGUUACAUAGUAAUGUGUACGCAAAAUCCUCGUAAUAUGCAGAAUUUUGUGCUGGCGACAGCGUUGAUCUACUUAUCGUGUGUACAUUAUCAUCGACAAAUAUAUAAUUACGGAUCGUACACUCUUGACAUCACCGGACCACUUAUGGUAAUCACACAGAAAGUAACCAGCCUCGUGUACAAUGUACACGACGGUUUAAUGCGAUCCGAAGAGGAACUCACGCCAACGCAGCGUCAUCAAGCCGUGAAAAAGAUGCCGACGGUCUUGGAAUAUUUUAGUUACGUCUUCCACUUUCAAGCCCUAAUGGCCGGACCAGUGAUAUAUUAUCGCGAUUACAUGGAUUUCAUUUAUGGACGUAUGCCAUCGAAAUCUGAUGAUCCAAAAGAUAACGACAAAAAUUCCAAUGACCGCGCAGUAAUAGUUAACUCACCAUCCCCUACGUGGGUGGUAAUCAAAAAGGUCUUGGCGAGUUUAUUAUGUGCGCUUAUGUUCGUGAUUUUCAUUCCAACAUAUCCAAUUCAAAGACUGAAAGAGGAUGACUUCUUGUACAGCACGACAGUGUUCUACAAGAUAUGGUAUUUAAUUAUUUCGACGACGCUUGUUCGUUUUAAAUAUUAUCACGCUUGGAUAUUCGCUGACGCUAUUUGCAAUAACUCCGGGCUCGGCUUCAGCGGGUAUAACGAAAAAGGGGAAGCUGUAUGGGAUGCAACUUCUAACGUCGAUAUCUUUGAUUUCGAAGUGUCGCAGAGUUUGAAGAUGUCCAUCGAGCAUUGGAAUAAAGGAACAAAUCGGUGGCUUAGAUCGGUCGUGUACGAGAGAAUGAAACACAAUAAGCUUAUAUAUACAUAUGUUCUUUCAGCCAUAUGGCAUGGUUUCUAUCCGGGUUACUAUUUGACCUUUGCCAAUGGAGCUUUUAUCACUAUGGUAUCGCGUACCGCUCGUCGCAAAAUUCGCCCAUACUUUUUAGGCUCGAAAGGGAAAAAGUUCCUGUACGACGGAAUCUCAUUCAUCGCAACGCGAAUCAUAAUGGCCUACAUUACGUUUAGCUUUGUACUUCUGGAGUUCGUACCAAGUAUCAAAGUAUAUUUAUCUCUAUACAUGUUUCCACAUAUCGUGGGUAUAGCGAUAUUACUGAUCGCACCUCGUCUUCCGAAAGUUCCUUCACAGACGAGUUCAACCGAAACAAAAUCCAACUCAAACUCUCAGGAAUUAAUUAACGGGACUGCGCGAAAGUCUAUGUAAAAUUUCAUUUCGACAUGGUCGAAAAGUGAUGAUCAUAACAAGAGAUCCAUAUUUUUUAUGAGUGUUUUAAUAUGCAUAUAAAUAUUAUGUAUAUAUAUUCUAUUUACACGCACAGUAUAUAUACAUAUAAUAUAUGCGGUACAAUAUUUAUUGUUACGAAGUGUUACUGGUACAAAUUCUAUGUCGAGCGUGUAGAAAAAGAAAUAUUUGUUUUAUAAUAUUGCGAGUGAAUAAUUGUAUAUUUAUAUAAGUGUCUUCGUACAUUUGUUGAGAAACUGACAAUUUGCUGUUUAAUAUUUUUCAGUAACAAGCAGUUUGACAUCGGGUGAUACUGCAGAUUUUAAUUUUCGCAACACACAAUAUACGUACAUCUAUAGUUUCCAUACUUUUUUUUCUUUAAUCUUUGUCGUGGUAUUUAUCGCAAAGAUGGUUUAAACAAACCGCUAUAUUUCCAUACAAGGGUGUUAUGAUUUUAAAUCUAAGCCUUGACAAGUAAUUUUUGCAGUUUUAUACUUUGAGUAUGCGCAACGAUAUCGUUAUUAAUUUAAAAUAAAUCGCAAUAUUUAUUAUUAAACGUUA